GAUGAUAGUGAUCUUAUUAUUAUUUAUAUGUACUACUCUACUGUCAACUGAUGAAUGGCGGUUGUUAAAGCCUCAGAAGAAUUUCCCCUCUACGCUGUGUAAAGUCUGCCCCACAACAAUUAAGCCACAUCGGGAAGUGGGUUGACAUCACGUGCCAACGCGUCCUCAUUACUUCAACACGCUUGUUGAAGAGAUAACUAUCAAGCUCAAACAUCUUCCGUGCUGAUGACGAAUUGCACCAGCUCCCCCAGUUGUCCCCGAGAGCCCUCCCCUUACGAGCUAGCAACGAUAUGACUCUAUGACAAAGCAUAAUUUACAAGAUCACCUGUCUUGGCUGUUGAACCGUGGACCCUUGAUACCUCCAUCGAUACCACGCGCACAAGCCGCAGCUGGAAACAGUGUUGCAGGGCAAGGUGCUGCUGACUUUGGAAAUCCCUUGGAUGGAGUGCAUGCUGCCAAUGACACAGUGAUAUCUGUCUUAGAACCCAUAGGGCACGAUUUAGGUUCUCAGAAUGCUAAGGUUGAGAAGGCAGAGACUGGGUUUGGGAUCUCGGAUGUGGACAUGGCCCGGCUUCAAUUUGCUCCCUUGUCUUCAACGAAGCCGCGCAUGCUGAGUAGCAUCAAACAGAAAUUUCCAGCUUCGCCAGAUACGCCUAGUGUGCUGGAAGAAAACCAUAGCUUUCCUGACCCCAAUGAGGCAACUUCUCAAGCUAAAAAGCACACUAGGGUAUGGAACGCUACACGUUCUACUCCACGGCAAACCAGUCCGAGGUUUCUGUCUCGUCAAGCCACCUACCCCGGCGAUUACACGCUUUCUGCCAAACAUGUUGAUGCCAUAGACCUAACGGGUGACACUCUCCUUCAUACGUCCUCGUCGGCCACCGUUGAAGCCUUUGGCGAGCCACUACGGAUAUGGAGAGAAGACUAUGCAUCUCGUCCCGAGCCAUUAGGCAAUCGUGGAGUGAAAAGAAAAAGCGGGGAUUACGAGGCAGACCUAAAGUACCCUACAAAACCAUUAUCGCGGAGUCCCUCGCCGGGAUCCCCAUUAACGCUGGAUAUGAAAGAGCAGCGUGACUCUGUUUCUAGUUCUACUCGUGACAAGUCGGCCAAGAAAGCUUUAUUGCAUCCGGUUAUUGGUGACUCAGAGGGCGAAGACGACGGAGUUGAUCUUUUCCCGGCUCUCAGCGAUGAAGGUUACCGAUCUCCACCUUACUCAUUGAGCGGACGUAACCUAUAUCCAAAGCUAUCUAAGCAGAAAGAGGGUUGGCAGGGACAGAAUAAAUCAAAGAAAUCCCCACCGGCUGCUACCCAAACGAGUCCGAAGAGUACUGGCUGUCAGCCAUCAACCAUUGCUUCUCCUGUCCAACAGCACACUCCUGUCUCGAAUGCGCAGAGACUAGAAGACCGCAGCAAUGUCUCAGGGAGUUCUAUCUCUCGUGGCACCUUUAUCCACCAAGGAAGCCAGAAUCCUAUCCUAGUCAAUUUCCUCGCUCUUCCUUCUCGUUCUGUCGAGGACCUUCUUGAAAGAUUUAAAUCUGAUCGUUCCAGGAAUGCAGAAAUGGCAUAUCAACGGGCUAUGGAUGCUAUGGAUGCCUCUGAUUUGAUUGACGAAAAUAAAAUCUUGAAUUCUAAGAUUGGAGCUCUUGAAAGCCUCCAACAGGCUCAAACAACGUACACUUUAUUACGGGCUAAGCAGGAAGCACUUAAAAAGCGGAUAAUACAGUCCGCCGAACGAGCUGCGAUUCUGCCGGAUGCCUCUGGUGAUGUCGACAAAGCUCGAAAACUUGCACUAGAGGGGCAAGAACAAGAAGCUAAAUUAGUGGAAUUAAUUGAGCAAUCAGGGAUUCUUGCAGUUGACAAUGCGACAGCCAUCAAUGGGACUAAACCGCCAGCCCAUGAAAUCAUAAUCAAAGGAACACAAUUUCCAAAGCAAUGCACUGACAAGCUUACAAUGUCCUUCCAGCCUCACGGACCUCCUCCCUGCCGCCCUAAUAUCUCAUAUCCUCCAUUACAAUCUUUCCCGCAGGCGUCCACGAAACCUAAAACUCCUCCAAGCUUUACCCCCAAAACGUCGGCUUUUGAUGGAAAUGACGAUGACGAAUUUAUGCUAGACAACGACAAUCUCUUUUCCAGAAAUAUGGGAACACCUGUCGCCUCUGACAUGCUAGAUUUUGACAAUGACGCCGACGAUUUUGAUAUGCUCGAAGCAGCGGAACAUUUUGAGAAUCAAGGGUCUGUACGCAAAUAUUCCUUCGGGGGUCAAACUGUACGUCGUGAAACAGCAUCUUCUGCCAAGAAACCUACUCCCGAAUCAUUACAACAUCCUUGGUCUAAAGAUGUCAAACACGCACUACGACAUCGUUUCAACCUCCCUGGGUUCCGCCCUAACCAAUUGGAAGCCAUCAAUGCUACGCUAAGUGGGAAAGAUGUGUUUGUUUUGAUGCCAACUGGGGGGGGGAAAUCUCUCUGUUACCAAUUACCUUCUGUCAUCCAGAGCGGCAAGACAAAAGGAGUCACUGUUGUUAUAUCCCCUCUUUUGAGUUUGAUGGAAGACCAAGUUGCUCAUUUGCGAGACCUCAAGAUCCAGGCAUCUGUCUUAAACGGUGAUGCGAGCAAAGAAGAGAAAAUGGAGAUAUAUGGGGCCCUGCGCAACGCCAACGUCGAAAAACUCAUACAGUUACUCUACGUCACACCUGAGAUGGUGAACAAGAAUGGAGCAUUACUUGACAUCCUGAGUCACCUGCACAGCCGAUGUAAAUUGGCACGCAUUGUCAUCGAUGAAGCUCAUUGCGUCAGCCAAUGGGGUCAUGAUUUCCGGCCCGAUUACAAGGAAUUAGGAAACACCAGAACGAAGUUUCCGGGAAUCCCGCUCAUGGCACUUACUGCCACCGCUACAGAAAAUGUCAAGGUUGACGUUAUCCACAAUCUUGGGAUGCACGACGCCGAAGUAUUCGUCCAGUCUUUCAAUCGUCCGAAUCUGAUAUACGAGGUCCGCCGGAAACCGAAAGGCACAAAUGUUGUUGCAAGCAUAGCCGAAACUAUCAAAGGAUCAUACAGUGGUAAAGCGGGUAUCAUAUAUUGCCUAUCCAGACAAAGCUGUGAAAGAGUGGCUGAACAGCUUCGCGAUACGCACAAAAUAAAGGCGGUCCAUUACCACGCUGGUCUGCCCUCUAAUGACCGAAUAUCGAUUCAAAGAGAUUGGCAGCGCGGAAAAUACAACGUCAUUGUGGCCACAAUUGCUUUUGGAAUGGGUAUCGAUAAACCAGAUGUUCGUUUCGUAAUACAUCACUCAAUGCCUAAAAGCCUAGAGGGGUAUUAUCAAGAAACUGGACGAGCUGGUCGCGAUGGCGAAAGGUCAGGCUGUUACCUGUAUUAUGGCUUUCAAGAUACGGCAUCCAUACGCCAUAUGAUAGACAAGGGGGAGGGAAGCAGCGAGCAGAAAAGCCGCCAGCAUCGGAUGCUCCGCCAUGUUGUUCAGUUUUGCGAAAACUGGACUGAUUGUCGGCGAGUACAAGUUCUCACCUACUUUAAUGAGAAGUUCAAAAAAGAAAACUGUAACCGCUCCUGCGAUAACUGUAAAGCGGAUUUACCUUUUGAAGAAAGGGAUUUCACGGAUCUCGCCGCUUCUGCUGUGAAACUCGUCGGGCGUUUAAGCAACCGACAGGUGACAUAUUUCUACCCUGUGGAUAUAUUGAGGGGUGCCAAAAUGAAAUAUUCGGACCCAGCCGAUAAAUACUUUCCCGAAUUUGGCAUUGGAGCUGACCUAGAUCGCCUUGACGUGCAGCGAAUGUUUACCCAUUUGAUCUGCGAAGAGGCUUUGAGGGAAGAAAAUGUUUUCAACAAAGCGCGCUUUGCCACUCAAUAUAUUCAGCUUGGCGAAAAGGCAGGCGAGUUUCUUGCCCGGCGUAACAAACUGAUGUUCCCGAUUCGGGUUUUGCCCAAUGGCAAGGCUACAGAGAAGCUUAAGACGAAAACGACACGAAGUCACGGAACCGGGGUCCGUGCUGCAGGGAAUGAGUAUCCACAAUCAACAAAUGUAUCGUCCCCAAUCCAAGAAUCGUUGCGUCGACGCAAGCUUGGACGAGGGUAUACAGCUUGCUAUGCAUCCGAAGAAGAUGAGGAUGAAAGUGAUGGCUUCGAACCUGUACGUGAGGCUGGAGUACCCCGUCGAUCGUAUGAUGAAAACUUGGGACCUCCAAUCACCGAUGACGGAAAACUAUCUCGGCUUGACUCUCUUCAGAGUAUUAUAGUUGACGAAUUUAUGUUUUAUGCCAAAGAGGCUUGCCAUGAGAUAAUGAUGAAGAAGAAUCUUCGCAAUCAGCCAUUUCCCGAUGCUAUCUUGCGUGAAAUGGCCAUCAGCUUGCCGCAAGAUACAAACCAACUCCUCAAAAUCCCCAACAUUAAUCCUGACAAAGUCGAUCGGUAUGGAAUCCAAUUUCUUCGACUGAUCCGACGAGCAGAACAUCGAUACCAGGAACUUCUGGCAGAGAGAGAUAGGAACGAAGUUCUGGUUCCAGACCCGAAUCAUGAGAUCGUCAUCAACAUCAGUAGCGACUCCGAAAUUGGCCUUGGGGAAGACUUUGAUGAUUUUAUUGGUGACACAAGGGCUGCAGACGGCCCGCUUGGGGAAGAAAGCUCUUACUUCGAACUAGACGACGAAGUCGCCUCAUUUAAUGCCCGCAUGUCUCAACUAGAAUCCGCCCGGAAUUCUGAUCUUACAACUAGUGAUUAUACCAGUCAGGUAUACGGCUCAUCAAAGCGAGGAUCCGGCUCGUAUAAUAGAUAUGGUAGAAAUUCAUUUCGUGGGAAAAAUACGAAAUCUCGUGCGGGCGGUGGUGGAGGUGUUAGCGGAACUUCAAGUAGAAAGCCUGGAAACUCUCGUUCGAAGAAAAAGGCCCAAUCAUCGUCUACGCAUCCAACCAAACGCAGCGCAAGUUCAGGUUCCGGAUCAGGCUCCCGUGGUGGUAUUGGUAUGAUGCCUACAUAGCGUGGACCGCUCGUCAUGUCGGCUUCAAUCUAAAACGAACUCCAUUUUUUUUGCAUCGCGGUUCAUACUCGGACAUUCCCCUUCUCCAGUUCGUCUCUCCCAAUUUUUUUGGUGGUGUCCUUCAACGUUUCUCCUCAGAGAAUCCACCCGGGCGUCCUGUCUAACGCUGCUGUAUUUUGUGUAUUCGCACCCGUAUUUAUCAUUUUUUCCCAGCAUAAAAUAGACUUAACAAAUACCUAGAUAGACGCACGGACUAAUAGACCGCUGACAGUAUAUCUUACGCCAUAGGGCAAGUAAGCCUGGGGCGAUGAAAGUGUGGCAUCGAAAAAAUGCAUUGCUACGCGGCGCAAGCCUUUUACAAUAUUCAUGAUACCCCAUGUUCCUAUAUAUAUCUCUCGGGUUCUUCAUUUAUUUUUCUUAUUUUUCUUAUACUUUAUCAAAGGGCGAUGUAUGUACAUUACAUUCAGAGCGUGUAAUCUCUUUGUUUAGAAGCAGUUCCAACCCCCUUUUUUUUCGGUUCGUCUGGUAGUAGGAAUUAUUGAUAUCUCAGCGCUCUGGUGGUACCUUUAGAGACAAAUCGCCCCUGAAUUUCCAUACAUGGUAAAAAAUGAAUCUUUCAUAACAAUCCCGUCAUAAUACUACCAACUCCUUCCGUCCCGGCCCAACCCACGCCCAUCAGGAUCUUUGAGGACGAUGAAGGAUAUUGCGUCAGGGCUGUCUCCAAGGGCAAGGGGAAUAACAAGAAAGUGUAUGAAAUGUUGACGAGAAAAAUAGCUUUAAAAUACCUAAUAGAACAAGAGCUCCGAUUAGUUGGG